UCUCUCUCCUCUCUCUCUCCUCUCCUCUCUCCCUCUCUCUCACACGCACAACGCUGUGGUCUUCAUCGCUCUCGGCUGGACGCGGAUUACAAUAACAAUCCGAAACGCAUUUCGAGGUAAAUCUCGCAGCUCUCUCCGUUUACACCACUUAACAGAAGACAUACCAGAGAGCAGAGUUAAAAUGUCAAAUCCGAUCUAACGAGUCUUAGUCAGUCAGCAAUGGAACACGCUGUGUUGGACGGGGGGGCAGCUAUGACUCUCUCCAGCGCCCUCCCAGUGCGCCGUGGCAGCACCCCCGUCCCGAUCAAGCACCAGCUCAAAAGGGAGAGCGCCAUCGUCUGCGAGGACUACGAUUGGACGCCGGGCCAGCCAGGCCCCGCCCCGCCGCCAAUCAGCUUCUCCUCGGCCUCGGAAGAGUCCAUCGCCCCUGCCGGGCUGGGGGAAGCUGGAGGGGAGGGGGGCGGAGAUGGGCUGAUCCACAUUCUCCUGCUGGGGCAGAGCGGGGUGGGAAAGACUGUGCUCGCUGGCGCCCUCGCAGGGGGAGAUGGGAGAACUGCGUCUGUGGACUCGGAAACCACAGAAGGAGGCAGCUAUGAGAGGACAGUAACUAUAGAUGAUGAAGAGGUCGCUAUUAUCCUGUACGACAACUGGAAAAAGGACCUCUCCCUCCUCUCCUUCGAGCUCUGUUUCAUUCUGUUUUCUCUGACGGAUCGACGCAGUUUCCAGCGCGCCUCGGAGCUCCGCCUCCUCGUCAGGGAGUCCCACCCACAAACGCCCAUCAUCUUCGUGGGCAACAAGAGCGACCUGGUGAGGUCACGAGAGGUCAGCCACGAGGAAGCCCGCUCUCAUGCCGCUCUCUUCGAGUGUCGCUUCGUCGAGGUCUCUGCUGCCCUGGAUCACAACACCUCCACUCUGCUAGAGGGCGCUGUGAGGCUGCUGCGCAGAUCCGAAGGGGCCGGGCCAGGCCUGUCACCGCAGAGACGGAGGGAGAGCCUCACCAAGAAGGCCCGGCGCUUCCUGCAGAGCCUGGUGCCCAAGAACUACCCCUCGGGGGGCAAAUUCUUCCGCCAAAAAUCUAGAUCCUGCCACGACCUGACCGCGAUCUAGAACACAGACCUACAAUUGAAUUUUUACUUUCAACACAAUUACCGACUGGUAACAAAGGCCUCUUUAAAAUCCAUUCUCUUAUCUCUUGUUAGCGCUGGCAACAUUGUCACUGCCCCCUUAACGGAGAGCUAACCAUCUUUAAAAUCCAUUCUGUUGAUUCCUUGAUGACAUUCUUCACUCUACUAAAAACACAUGCCGUAUUAGACAGACUUCCACAGAUUUUUAAAAACGUGUGUGAAUACUAAAAAUGUAUGUACCCAGUUUACUUUUUAAAAGACAAGAUAAGUAAAUCAAUAUAUUAUCUUGUGAACGCUGAUGCAGAACUAAGACAACACAAUAGAUGCAGUCUAGUCAACUUGACCGACCGCCAUCGAUUUUAAUAAAACAAGAGUUUUGCGAAUGUAAUUUAUGUAUAAAUGUAUCUUUUUACUGAACAGAAAUAAAAACGUGCAGUGGAAUUUAUAACGUAGCACUUGACCUCUCUGGAGGUAAUUCUUUUGCAUGCAAAAUGGUGUCUGUAUGGAAAAUACUGUAUUGCGUUUCACAAAACAUUAAUCUUUAAUAAAAAUGCAAUUCAAACUCGUAUGG